CUGGGCUCCCGCCCCUGCGGCGCCAGGACCAAUGGGCCUGCGGAGGUGGCGCUUCCCUCGCCGCCUGGCACUGCGGUAAUAUGGCUCCGUAGCGGGCGGCCGGCUCGGCGCUGCUGCCGCCAUUAACCCCUGCGCGCCCGGCAGCCUCGGGGAAGUGGAGCGGGGACCCUGCGUGAGGAUGACCUCGGCUGCCGGUUCCGCCGCAUUACCGCCCGGCUCCGCCGCCCGCGCCCUGCAUGUGGAGCUGCCUUCGCAGCAGCGCCGGCUUCGUCAUCUUCGGAAUAUUGCUGCACGUAACAUUAUUAAUAAGAAUGGUUAUCGCCUCUUGGAUACAUAUUUCACUCUUCACUUGUGUGAUAACGCCAGGAUCUAUAAAGAAUUUUAUAAGAGUGAGGUGAUCAAGAAUUCUCUGAAUCCAACAUGGAGGAGUCUGGACUUCGGAAUAAUGCCUGAUCAUCUUGAUACCUCUGUCUCUUGUUUUGUUGUGAGGAUCUGGGGUGGCAAGAAGGAGCACUUUCAGCUUUUGAUUGAAUGGAAGGUCAAUCUAGAUGGGUUAAAAUACUUGGGCCAGCAGAUCCAUGCAAGAAACCCAAAUGAGAUUAUUUUUGGUCUCAAUGAUGGUUAUUAUGGAGCUUCAUUUGAACAGAAGGAUCACUCAGGUACCCUGAAGAACAUUCUUCUCCAGGUGGAUCAGAACUGUGUUCGUAACUCUUACGAUGUCUUCUCUUUGCUUAGGCUCCACAGAGCUCAGUGUGCAAUUAAACAGACUCAGGUAACUGUUCAGAAAAUAGGAAGGGAGAUUGAAGAAAAGCUGAGAUGUACAUCUACAAGGAACGAACUGAAAAAGGAGAGCGAAUGUUUACAGUUGAAGAUCCUGGUGCUACGUAAUGAACUGGAACGGCAGAAGAAGGCCCUUGGUCAAGAAGUAGCCUUGUUGCAUAAGCAAAAAAGUACUUUGCUUGAUAGAGAAAAUGCAUUUGGAACUGAGUACCAGAAACUUGAAGAGCAUAAUGAAUCUCUGUAUGAAUUAAAAAAGGAAUGCACUGCUAAGAGAGAACAGUUUUUGAAGACAAAUGCCCAGCAGACUAUUCGAUGCAAGCAGUUGCUGUCAGAGCUAUCCUACAUCUACCCUAUUGAUUUGAAUAACCAAAAGGAUUACUUUGUUUGUGGAGUCAAACUUCCUAAUUCUGAAGACUUUCAAGCAAAAGAUGAUGGAAGCAUCGCUGUUGCCCUGGGCUAUACUGCUCACCUGGUUUCCAUGAUAUCCUUCUUCUUACAAGUGCCACUCAGGUAUCCUAUAAUUCACAAGGGCUCCCGGUCUACAAUCAAAGAUAAUAUAAAUGACAAGCUGACGGAGAAAGAGCGAGAAUUUCCUUUAUAUGCAAAAGGAGGGGAGAAGCUUCAGUUUGAAUAUGGAGUUUAUCUUCUCAACAAAAAUAUAGCACAGCUUAGAUACCAGCAUGGGCUGAGUACUCCAGAUCUAAGGCAAACUCUUCCUAACCUGAAAAACUUCAUGGAGCUUGGGCUAAUGGUUAGGUGUGACCGACACCAUACAUCCAGUGCAAUUCCUGUUCCAAAGAGACAGAGCUCUAGCUUUGGCAGAUUGGAUAUUGGCUUUUCCAGUGGGCUUCCUUCUCCAGAUAAAGGACUCCGAAAACGAGCCAGCACAGGAAAUGAGAGACUACAGUACAAAACUGCUUCUCCUAGUUACAGCUCUGCUUUAACACAGCCUGUUGCUGUCACAGCCCAUGCUGGAGAGCUGGAUAAAAAACCCGGACCCAUAUGUUCUUCCUUGGACACCUCUAUGGACUCCUCCAAAAGAAAUACCAAGAAAGGCCAGGACUUGUGCAGUAGUUUAAAUGGAGAAAAUGGAAGCCUAAACAAUACCCAAGACGGGCAGGAAUCUUUCCUAGGACAUUCUAGUGCAACAAAUGGGGCAUUUCUGCCUGGCGAGUGCUCUGGCACCGUGAGCAACAAGCAGCCCUGUGAGCUUCAGCCUGCACUCAACCCCGUGCUUUGCUGCACUGUGGAGCAGGCAGAGGAGAUCAUGGGCAUGGAAGCAACAGGGUUCAGCACAGGAGAUCAGCUGGAAGACUUUAACUCCAUCCCAGUGGAACAUGCUGUAGCAGUUGAGUGUGAUGAACAAGUCCUAGGGGAGUUUGAGGAGUUCUCUCGAAGGAUCUGUGCACUGAAUGAGAACAUGUCCAGCUUCCGCAGACCUCGUAAAAGUUCGGACAAGUGAGCUCGGACAGGGAUUUAAUAGCAGACAUUGAGGUGAAAUCAGUGAUCUGGAAUAGAAAUAAAAUUGCACUUAUUCUUUAUAUUAAUUAUAAAAAUAAAAAAGCUAAAGCUGUUCCUAUGGUGUUAGACAAAUGGACUUGAGCACAAUAACACAAGAUCAUGGUGUAUUCACAGCCCAGGUAAAUUUUCAUUCCACUUUAAUUCCUUUUAUGUCCGGUAUUUAUGAUCUGUUGGAGGUUUUGUGGGUUUCUUUUCUUUGGCAUUGGAAUCCAUUUUUAAAGGCUUUCCUGAAAACAACUUCUAGUGCUGAUCAGCACCUUCUAUGAAUGUUUGUUAAGUUCUUAAUUAUUAUUUAGAGUUAAAUUAAUUUUAAUCUUUUCAGAAGGAAAAAACCUUUAAUUUAAAAUAUUUUUAUGAUAAGAUGUCUUUACAUUGUCCCAUGUACAUGUACUGUGUUUGCUUGAACAAUGUAGUCAGUAUUAAGAGAAAUACCAUUUAUUUGUUACAAUUGGACAACUUUAUUUUGGCUGUGCUCUGUAGCCUUUGAAGUUCUAGUUUGCACUGAGGAGUCUUCACUUGGUGGUGUGAACUUGCCAGAGAAUGAGCAUCUGUGUGAUUUUUGCGGUUUCCUUGCAUCUGGUUAAUCAGAGGUGAUAUUUGGGGUUUUUUUCACUCCUCCUUUCCUCCAUACUUGCUUUUCCUACCAGUGGAAGCCUUGAGGAGUAAAUCACCUCUAAGGUUCUGUGUAAUAAUCUCAUCCUGACCAAUCCCCGGGGAUUAGGCUGGGCACGGAUCUCAUUAGUAGAGACUUAGUGAACCCAAUACCAAAGUGGGGUUUAGCUGCUACCCUCCAGGGUGUGCAGUGGGGACAGUGUGCCCUGAGAUACUUCAGACAUCUUCCAAAAAACCCAGACUGGGAAUGAAGCACUUUGGAAUUAAGUGAAUGUGUGGAAUUGCUUCACCCUCUUUAAAAAGGAGGCACUUAAAAUUAAUCAUGUGAUUUUUAUUUUUUUUUUUUCUUUUAACCAUCUAUACUUUGAGGGAAGAUACUUCCAGUGGUUUGCUGGAGGUACCGUUUGCUGUUGGGUAGGUUACCACUGCCACAUGUGUUCAGCUGCACUAAUGGGAAAGCAAUUUGCAGCCUGCUUUGUGAUUUCUGGUAUGUGUUUCAGUUUGGAUUUCAUUGCUUUCAUUCUCACUUUCUAUAUUCUAUACCCAAGAAUCUGGGCUCAGCUGUGAGCUCUGAAAUAUAAAAGUAUAUAGCAGAAUAAAAAUACUUCAUCAUGCCUGGCUUUUUUUUCUCUCCCUGGUUUAUGUUUUCUUUUGAACCCACAACCUAGUCUAGUCUAGUUUCCUAACUUCACCAUAAGGCUAGCUGAAAUUAACUUUUUUAAAAUACAGAUAUGUAUAAUCUCAGCUUUCUGUUGUCAAAACAAAAUGUGUUUGUGAGAACCAGUAUACAUAAUAGCACUGUUCUAGAAUAUGCAUUUUUCCAGGUAAGGCCUUAAUGAUUGUAGUAAAACUAUAUUCACAUUCCUUCAGUUAGCUUUUAAUGACUGUGUCCGCAGUUGAGUGGUUGGAUCAAGCCUCUCUGCAGUGAUUUAUUGGCUUUGGUUUGUCCCAGGAUGAUAUGCUAGAUGGGAGCACCUGGAGAUCUUGAGACACUGAACAUGAUUUCAGGUGCAUAGUUGGACACAUCCAUGAGUGUCUUCUCCAAAUGAGUUCCUCUGUUCCAACCUCACGAAAACUUCCCCAAAGGAGGUGUUGCAGCAGCUCAAAGCACUGCCAUCAUCUUUGGGAAGGAAUAGGUAGGAAGCUCUUGUUGUGCUUUGGCCUAGAGAGGAAGAAAGGAACACCUGAAAGAACAGCACUUCGUAGUGAUGAGCAUAAGAUAAUCUGUCCUGGGCCCUCUACCAUCUUCUGAUACCAGUAUAAUUUCAGGUGCAAUUCAGUAACUUAAGUCAGUUUUGCACCCUGUGCACACUCAAGGCAGCACAGGCCUGUUUGUACACACACUUGUAUACUGUAUAACAGAAAAGCAUUAGCUUGUGUGUGAUGGUGGCUUUUCAAAGCAACCCAAAGAGUAGUUGUGAAGUCACUGUUUCAUAGGUGAACAUGAAGCGUCUCAGUGCAGUUGAGCAACAUGUGAAAUUAGGUUUGUACUGCAUCAGUGGGACUUUUUUUUUUUAUUAGUUGUUUAUUUCUCAGGUUGCACAAACCAAAUGAAGUCUAAUUCUCCUUCCCAAUGUUGUGUUGCUGUCCCUGUUUAACCCCUGUAAUUAUUAAUGUGUCAAACACUACGAUUGAUCUUUGCAUCUGUUGCACAAAGAUGCUCAGAUGGGCUUUCUAUGGAUGUAUCUUUAGUUAGCCUUAAAUGAUUCCUGUGAUUCUCUUCCACUUCUGCCACCUUCCAUGUAGCAGGUGGUGUGAGGUGGGACAGCAUCACAGGGCUGAUGAAGCAUUGACCACUCCUUGUGGCUGUGAGGAAGGAGGUUGUACAGAUGGCAUAGCUUUCUCCUUUUGGUGUUUAUGUUUAUUCAGCCCCUGUAAAUUACUUUGGAAAUAGUGCAGUGGAAGAGAAAUGAACAGGAGGUUUGAGGGAGAGAUAAUGGAUCAAGUGUGCUUUCAGUUUUCAAGAGCCUUUCAGUUCCUGCACAGCUGUGGCCAUUAAAAGUCUACAACUGUCUUCAAAUGGAGAAAGCAUUUCAUUGCAAUUUCAACCUAAUUAAUUAGAAAUCUUUAAGGUUUUUGAGCCUAUUAGUUUUGGAAGAUCAGAUCCCACUAUAUUUUUAUAGCGAGCACAACAGCAUUGGUUUAUCCUUGCUUGACCAGGUAUUUAAAAUAAGCAAGACCAGAAUAUCCCAGAGUAAAUGACACAUUAAAGCUAUGUUGGCAAUUGCAGGAAAGCUCAUCUGUCUUUAUAAAAUAAAACUGAUUUGUAUCUCUCAA